GACGUCCUUCAUCCCGAGCUUCUCCGCCAUCUGCGUUUACCUCCCAGAGAGCGGAUUCUCUCCUGGAACAUUGACUUAUCAUCCUUUGAUUUGAACCAACAAUUGAGACUCUUCAUUACCCGGCACCUAGCUCACUUCUCUUCAGAGGUCAAAGGCCAGAGGACCCUCUGCCACCAGAGUGAGAUCCUAGAGACCAUUAUCCUGGUAAAUCCCAGUGCCGACAGCAUCAGCUCUGAGGUUCACCAUCUACUAAGCAGCCCAUCAGCUCACAAACUACUGAUCUUGAGUGGACAAAGUUUAGAGCCAGGGGGAGACCUCAUCCUACAGAGUGGUACCUACUCCUAUCAAAACUUUGCCCAGGUUCUUCACAACCCAGAGAUUGCCCAAUUGCUCAGCAAUAGAGACCCUGGGAUCCAGGCCUUCCUCACCGUGUCCUGCUUAGGGGAGGGUGACUGGAGCCACCUGGGACUAUCCAGUUCCCAAGAGACCCUGCAUCUCCGGCUAAACCCUGAACCCACACUGCCCACCAUGGAUGGCGUGGCGGAGUUUUCUGAGUAUGUCUCUGAGACCGUGGAUGUGCCAUCCCCCUUUGACCUGCUAGAGCCCCCUACUUCAGGGGGCUUCCUCAAGCUCUCCAAACCUUGCUGCUACAUCUUCCCUGGUGGCCGUGGGGACUCUGCCCUUUUUGCCGUUAAUGGUUUCAAUAUCCUAGUGGAUGGUGGCUCUGAUCGCAAGUCCUGCUUCUGGAAGCUGGUGCGGCACUUGGACCGCAUUGACUCAGUGCUGCUGACACACAUCGGAGCAGACAAUCUGCCAGGCAUCAAUGGACUCCUGCAGCGCAAAGUGGCAGAACUGGAGGAGGAGCAGUCCCAGGGCUCCAGCAGCUACAGCGACUGGGUGAAGAACCUCAUUUCCCCUGAGCUUGGAGUUGUCUUCUUCAAUGUGCCUGAAAAGCUACGGCUGCCUGAUGCCUCCCGGAAGGCCAAGCGCAGCAUUGAGGAGGCCUGCCUUACUCUGCAGCACUUAAACCGCUUGGGAAUCCAGGCUGAACCACUGUACCGUGUAGUUAGCAACACCAUUGAGCCUCUGACCCUCUUCCACAAGAUGGGUGUGGGCCGGCUAGACAUGUACGUUCUCAACCCUGUCAAAGACAGCAAGGAGAUGCAGUUCCUCAUGCAGAAGUGGGCAGGCAAUAGCAAAGCUAAGACAGGCAUUGUGCUGGCUAAUGGAAAGGAAGCUGAGAUCUCGGUGCCCUACUUGACCUCUAUCACUGCUCUGGUGGUCUGGCUGCCAGCCAAUCCCACUGAGAAGAUUGUACGUGUGCUUUUCCCAGGAAAUGCUCCCCAGAACAAGAUCUUGGAGGGCCUGGAAAAGCUUCGGCACCUGGACUUCCUACGCUACCCUGUGGCCACUCAAAAGGACCUGGCUGCUGGGGCUGUGCCUGCCAACCUCAAACCCAGCAAAAUAAAACAGCGGGCUGACAGCAAGGAGAGCCUGAAGGCCACUACUAAGACAGCUGUGAGCAAGCUGGCCAAACGGGAGGAAGUGGCUGAAGAGGGAGCCAAGGAGGCCCGCUCAGAACUGGCCAAGGAGUUAGCCAAGACAGAGAAGAAGGUAAAGGAGUCAUCUGAGAAGCCCCCAGAGAAGCCUGCCAAGCCUGAAAGGGUGAGGACAGAGUCAAGUGAGGCAUUAAAGGCAGAGAAGCGAAAGCUGAUCAAAGACAAGGUAGGGAAGAAGCACCUGAAAGAAAAGAUAUCAAAGAUGGAAGAGAAAAAAGACAAAGAGAAAAAGGAGAUCAAGAAGGAGAGAAAGGAGCUCAAGAAAGAUGAAGGAAGGAAGGAGGAGAAGAAGGAUGCUAAGAAGGAGGAGAAGAGGAAAGAUACCAAACCUGAGGUCAAGAAAAUUUCCAAGCCAGACCUGAAGCCCUUUACUCCUGAGGUACGUAAGACCCUCUACAAAGCCAAGGCCCCUGGCAGGGUCAAGAUGGACAAGAGCCGGGCUGCCCGUAGUGAGAAGGAGCUGUCUUCUGAGCCCCGGAUACCCCCAGCCCAGAAGGGAGCUGUACCACUUCCAACAGUCAGUGGGCACAGGGAGCUGACCCUGUCUUCACCAGAGGACCUCACACAGGACUUUGAGGAGAUGAAGCGUGAGGAGGGGAGGUUAUUGGCUGAACAAAGGGACAUAGGACUAGAAGAGAAACCUCUCUCUACAGACACCACAGAGGAGGGACUUCUGAGCACAGCUGCCCAGGGGACACCACCCUCUGUCCCAGGGCUGGAACAAGAAAAGCCUGUGAUAAAGGAGAAAGAGGUUGUCCCAGACACCCCUGAGGAGCAAGGCAGCAAGGAUAGAGGCCCAAACUCUGGAGCUGAAACAGAGGAAGAGAAAGAUACCUGGGAGGAAAAGAAGCAAAAGGAAUCAGAGAGGCUCCCUGAUAGAACAGAAGCCAGAGAGGAAAGUGAACCUGAGGUAAAGGAGGAUGUGAUAGAAAAGGCUGAGUUAGAAGAAAUGGAGGAGUUGCACCCUUCAGAGGAGGAGGAAGAGGAAGAGACAAAGGCUGAGGGUUUUUAUCAAAAACAUAUGCAGGAAGCCUGGAAGGUAACUCCAAGGGGCAGGGAGGCUCUUGGGGGCCGGGAACUGGGACUCCAGGGCAAGGCCCCUGAGAAGGAGACCACAUCAUUCCUAAGCAGCCUGGCCACACCUGCAGGAGCCAAUGAGCACGUCUCUUAUAUCCAGGAUGAAACAAUCCCUGGUUACUCAGAGACGGAGCAGACCAUCUCAGAUGAGGAGAUCCAUGAUGAGCCAGAGGAGCGCCCAGCUCCACCUAGAUUUCCUACAAGUGCAUAUGACCUCCCUGGGCCUGAAGAUCCUGGCCCCUUUGAGGCUAGUCAGCCUGCAGACAGUGUUGUUCCCAUCACCUCCAGCAAAGGGUUUGGAGCAUCAGAGACUGAACUCACCUACCCCCCCAACAUGGUGGCUGCCCCUUUGGCUGAAGAGGAGCACGUGUCCUCAGCUACCUCAAUCACUGAGUGUGACAAGCUUUCUUCCUUUGCCACAUCUGUGGCUGAGGACCAGUCUGUGGCUUCACUCACAGCUCCCCAGACAGAGGAGACAGGCAAGAGUUCCCUGCUGCUUGACACAGUCACAAGCAUCCCGUCAUCCCGCACCGAAGCCACUCAGGGCUUGGACUAUGUGCCAUCGGCUGGUACCAUCUCACCCACCUCCUCACUGGAAGAAGACAAGGGCUUCAAAUCACCACCCUGUGAGGAUUUCUCUGUGACUGGAGAGGCAGAAAAGAGAGGAGAGAUUGCAGGGAGGGGCUUGCCUGGAGAAAGAGCUGUGGAAGAGGACACCACAAAUGUAGAUAUAUCUGAGAAACUUCACGGUCAAUAUGGAGGCCCGAUGUUUGGUGCUCCUGGGCACACCCUAUAUCCAGGGGAACCAGCCCUCGGAGAGUUGGAGGAGCGCUGCCUCAGCCCAGAUGACAGUACAGUGAAGAUGGCCUCUCCUCCACCAUCUGGCCCACCCAGUGCUACCCACACACCCUUUCAUCAGUCCCCAGUGGAUGAAAAGUCUGAGCCCCAAGACUUUCAGGAAGCCGGCUCCUGGAGAGACACUAGGCACACACCAGGUAUGAGCAAGGAAGAUGCUGUAGAGACAGUCAAGCCAGGGCUUGAAGAGGAUACACUAGAGAAUAGGGGGAAAGUACCUCCUACCAUGAGCCCCCAGGCUCAGAAAGCAGCUAUCAGCAUUGUUGAGGGACAUGUAGGUGAUACCACCCAACUGUUGCCAGAACAGGAUAAAGCAAUAGUCAUUGAGACUGUGGAGACACGAGAACCCACAGGCACAAUUCUGGAAACAGAAGCCCUUCCGAGAGAUUUGAAGACAUCACUCCAAGAACCUGGCAAACCUCAGAAAGAAGAGGUGCUCCAAUUUCCUGACCAAAGCCUCUCCCCUGAUGAUGCAGAGUCCCUCUCUAUCCUCAGUGUGGUCUCCCCAGACAGUGCCAACCAGGAAGCCAUCCCCAGAUCUCCCUGUGGUCUGACAGAGCAGCACCUACACAAAGACCUUUGGCCUCAGGUAUCUCCAGAAGAUACCCGGUCACUUUCUUUCUCAGAGGAGAGUCCCAGCAAGGAGACCUCUUUGGAUAUCUCUUCUAAGCAGCUGUCUCCAGAGAGUCUUGGCACCCUCCUGUUUGGGGACUUAAAUCUCGGAAAGGAAGAAAAGAGAUCUCUGAUGCAGGCUGAGGACACCUCUCAGCACCUAGCCCCCAUGUCUAUUCCAGAACCCCGUGCAGCCACAGUGUCUUCUCCCACAGAUGAGAACACUAGAUACUCUGUACAGGCAGACAUUACAGAUGACAGUCCUGAUGGAAAAUUACCUGCCAGCUCCUCUCACACGACACUGUUGGAAAAUGGGAAGCACUCUCCUGAAGUGAUCACAAGCCCUGGUGAACACAGUCUAACACCUGAUACCUCCCUCACCAAGAGUCCUGAGUCUUUGCCAAGCCUUGCCAUGGAAGACAUUGCCAUGAAGUGGGAAGGUCAAGUUCCAGAAUUGAAAGACAGAUUGCUAGAGCAGAAGGACAAGGGACUUGAACCAAAGGAUGAAGUCCUACAGCAGAAGGACAAAACUCUGGAGCAGGAUAUUGUCAUAGAGCAGGAGGAUAUAGCCAUUGAUCAGAAAGGUAAGGCUCUGGAAGAAAAGGAAAAGGCUAUGGAUCAGCAGGAUAAAGCUUCUGAACAAAAAGUCAAAGGCUUAGGACAAAGGGACACAGCCCUGGCAAAGAAAGACAAGGCCCUGGAACCGAAAGACAAGGUUCCAGAGGACAAGGUCUCAGAACUGAAGGACAAGGCCCAGGACAAGAAAGACAAUGCCUUGGAAAAAAAGGAUCAGGCCUUAGAACAAAAAUACUGGGCCUUAGGACAGAAGGAUGAAGCCCUGGAACAAAACAAUAAGGUUCUUAAACAAAAAGAUAAAGCUCUGGAAGAGAAAGACAAAACUCAGGAGCAGAAGAGCCCAGUGCAGGAGAAAACCAUGAAAUCAAAGGAGAAGGUUCUAGAGGAAAAAUCUUCAGAAAAAGUUGAGGCUGUGGAACAGAAGGAAGAAGCUCUGCUGGAAAAGACCAAAGCUCUGGGGCUGGAAGAGGGCCCAGUGCAGGAGGACAAGGCCCAGGAGCAGGAAAAAAAAUACUGGAAGGAGCAGGAUGUGGUCCAGGAGUGGCGAGAAACAUCUCCAAUUGGAGGGGAGCCAGUUGGAGAACAGAAAGAACCUGCCCAGACAUGGGAAUACACAUCUCCUGAGCAGGAGGACAGGUACUGGAGAGGCAGAGAGGAUAUGGCCCUGGAACAGGACACAUACUGGAGGGAGCUGAGCUGUGAGAGGAAGGUCUGGUUCCCUCAUGAGCUGGGUGGCCAGGGGACCCAGCCACGGUAUACAGAGGAGCGGGAGAGCACUUUCCUUGACGAGGGACCAGAUGAUGACCAAGAAGUGCCCCCCUUAGAGCACAUGCCCAAGAGCCCCUGGGCCUCAGACUUCAAGGGUUUCCAGGAGCCCUCAUCACAGAAAGGGCUGGAGGUGGAGCGGUGGCUUGCUGAGUCACCAGUUGGGCUGCCACCAGAGGAAGAAGACAAGCUUACCCGCUCCCCUUUUGAGAUCAUCUCUCCCCCAGCUUCCCCACCUGAGAUGGUUAGACAGAGGGUUCCUCUGGCCCCAGGACGAGAGAGCCCUGUCCCAGAGCGUAAGCCCAUGCCUACAGUGAGGAAUGAACCCAUCACCCCCUCAUGGCUGGCUGACAUCCCACCAUGGGUGCCCAAGGACAGACCCCUGCCCCCUGCACCCCUCUCCCCAGCUCCAGCUCCCCCAACUCCUGCCCCUGAGCCACACACCUCUGCGCCCUUCUCCUGGGGCACAGCUGAGUGUGACAGUGUGGUGGCUGCAGUGCAGGAGGGGGCAGCUGAGUUAGAAGGUGGACCAUACUCUCCCCUUGGGAAGGACUACCGCAAGGCUGAAGGGAAAAGGGAAGAAGAAGGUCAGGCUGAGGCUCCUGACAGCAGCCCUCACAGCUCAAAGGUUUCAGAGGCCAGCAAGAGCCAUGCCACCAAGGAGCCUGAGCAGACCGAGCCAGAGCAGAGAGAGCCCACGCCCUAUCCUGAUGAGAGAAGCUUUCAGUACGCGGACAUCUAUGAGCAGAUGAUGCUUACUGGGCUUGGCCCUGCAUGCCCCACUAGGGAACCUCCUCUUGGAGCAGCUGGGGAUUGGCCCCCACACAUCUCAACCAAGGAGGAGGCUGCUGGCCGAAACACAUCUGCAGAAAAGGAACUUUCGUCUCCUGUCUCACCUAAAGGCCUCCAAUUUGAUACCCCGUCCUUCAGCUAUGCAGCCCUGACGGGACCUACUGUACCACCAAGGCAGGAGCCUGAUCCAGGGCCUAGUGUGGAGCCCAGCCUCAUCCUCCCUGCAAUACCCCCCCGUGCUCCUAUCCCCCUGAGUAAAGGCCCAAGCCCCCACCUUAAUGGUAACAUCUUGAGCUGUAGUCCAGAUAGGAAAACCCCAUCCCCCAAGGAAUCAGGCCGAAGUCACUGGGAUGACCACACUAGUGACUCAGAGCUAGAGAAGGGGGCUCUGGAGCAGCCAGAGAAAGAAGCCCAGUCCCCAAGUCCCCCUCGCCCCAUCCCUGUGGGGCUCCCUAAACUGUGGCCUGAAAGUGAAUCACAUACCAGUCCUUCCUCAGACUCACACCUGGGCCCUGCCCCACCCAGCCUGGACUUCCCUGCUUCAGCCUUUGGUUUCUCCUCACUGCAGCCAGCUCCUCCACAGCUGCCCUCUCCGGCUGAACCCCGCUCAGCACCCUGUGGCUCCCUUGCCUUCUCUGGGGACCGAGCUCUGGCUCUGGCUCCGGGGCCCCCCAGCAGAGCCCGGCACGAUGAGUACCUAGAAGUGACCAAGGCCCCCAGCCUGGACUCCUCACUGCCCCAGCUCCCGUCAGCUCAUUCUUCUGGGGCCCCUCUCCUCUCCAGCCUGCCUCGACCUGCCUCACCAGCCCUGUCUGAAGGCUCCUCCUCUGAGGCCACCACACCUGUGGUUUCAAGUGUGGCUGAGUACUUCCCUGCUGGCCUGGAGGCUGCAAAACUGGGGUCUGUAGACCUGGCCCCAGGAGUGAAGGCAACUGCCCAUGGCCUCUGGGACCCAACUCCUUUGAGCCCAGCACCUCCAGCUUCACUGGACUUGACCCCAGCUCCAGCUCCAAGCUUGCCUGGAGACAUACUUGAUGACACCAUGCCCUGCCACCUAGAGUGUUCAGUGGCGGCCACCAAGAAGCCAAGCUCCUUCCAGGGUCCCUCUGGGGAUUAUGCCACCAAUGGUCCAACUGAAACCAGCCCCAACCCCCCAGGCUUUUCCCCAGCCAAGGCUGAGAAAAAAGAGGCUGCAGGCUGCCCUGCCUGGGAACGGGGGGCUUGGCCUGAGGGGGCUGAGAGGAGCUCCCGGCCUGAUACUCUGCUCUCUCCUGAUCAGCCACUCUGUACUGGAGGGACCGCUGGCAGCCCAUCUAGAAGUGACUCCCCUGAGAUGGAGGCUGGGCCCCAGGGAUGUGCCUCUGAGCCCCGGCCCCACCGUGGGGAGCUCUCCCCAUCCUUCCUGAACCCACCUCUGCCCCAAUCCACAACUGACAGUGACCUCUCAACUGAGGAUGCUCAGCUGGUAGGGAGAGGAGGUAGGCGCCGGGCGGGGGGCCCAUGUCCGGUGGCAGAUGAGACACCCCCAACAUCAGUCAGUGACUCAGGCUCCUCACAGUCAGAUUCUGAUGUUCCACCAGAAACUGAGGAGUGUCCAUCCAUCACAGCUGAGGCAGCCCUUGACUCAGAUGAAGAUGGGGACUUCCUGCCUGUGGACAAAGCUGGGGGGGUCAGUGGAACUCACCAUCCCAGACCUGGCCAUGACCCACCUCCUAUCCCCCAGCCAGACCCUCGCCCAUCCCCUCCCCGCCCUGAUGUGUGCAUGGCUGAUCCUGAAGGGCUCAGCUCAGAGUCUGGAAGGGUAGAGAGGCUGCGGGAAAAGGAGAAGGCACAAGGGAGAGUAGGGCGCAGGGCCCCAGGCCGGGCCAAGCCAGCAUCUCCUGCCAGGCGUCUGGAUCUUCGGGGAAAACGCUCACCCACCCCUGGUAAAGGGCCUGCAGAUCGAGCAUCCCGGGUCCCACCCCGGCCACGUAGCACUCCAAGCCAGGUCACCACAGCAGAGGAAAAGGAUGGACACAGCCCCAUGUCCAAAGGCCUAGUCAAUGGACUCAAGGCAGGACCAAUGGCCUUGGGUUCCAAGGGCAGCUCUGGCCCCCCUGUGUAUGUGGAUCUCGCCUAUAUCCCGAAUCAUUGUAGUGGCAAGACUGCUGACCUUGACUUCUUCCGACGAGUGCGUGCAUCCUACUAUGUGGUCAGUGGGAAUGACCCUGCCAAUGGCGAGCCAAGCCGGGCUGUACUGGAUGCCCUGCUGGAGGGCAAAGCCCAAUGGGGGGAGAAUCUUCAGGUGACUUUGAUUCCUACUCAUGACACUGAGGUAACUCGUGAGUGGUACCAGCAGACUCACGAGCAGCAGCAACAACUGAACGUCUUGGUCCUGGCUAGCAGCAGCACCGUGGUCAUGCAGGAUGAGUCCUUCCCAGCCUGCAAGAUUGAGUUUUGAAAGAACGUUUCUCCCUUCCCCAAGGAUCUGCUCCCCCAGCUCCCUUAGAGAAUGGCUACUGCUGGGUCCUUUGGGGUUGGGGGACAUGGGAGCUGGGGAAGGAGAGGGUGGAGGACAGGAUGUCUUGUGGGGACUUUGGCUGGGCUAAAUGGGAGGUGUUGUCCCUUCCCCUCAUCCAUACCUUAGAGGAGUCUCUAAACCAAAGGUAACAGAUAGGAUAGGGGGAGGGUAAAAAAUUAGGAUAGGAUAGGAGGUCAUCUGAUGCCUGAGAACUCUGGAAUGACACCCUCUCCUAGCACUGCCAAAUGCUGGUAUUACAUGGGGGUGAGGAUGGGUCUCAAGAGUACAACCUCCUCCCUCAUGGAAGGAGAUCAUAUCCCAACCCCAGGGAUCUCUUUAUCUCUAUUUAUUUAGCAUCCCAAGGAAGGCUUUCCAAUAGUUAACUUAUGUGACCUGGGGGCAGGAUACUGUCAGUGAGGUACCCAGAGCUGCACCCUUCACCUCCUAUCCCCUUACCCACCAGGGUCUGGGUUCCAGCACGGGUCUGGGGGUACACUGCUGCUACACUGUCCCACUGCUUCCCUCUGUAUCCAAAUGUCUCAAUCCAAAACUUGAAGCUCUUUUGACCAACAGACUGGUGAGAGAAGAAAGCAGCUUAUCCUCCCAGUCCCUGCUUCAUACCAUUCACAUCCCCAAGUUGUGCCCAGACCAGGCCUACUGGGCAGCACAAAGAAGCAGGAGAGCUCAGCCCCAAACCCAGAAUUUUCCAAGCUCCCUGACCUUUUGAAGUUUUCACCUACCCAUUCUAAUUAUCCUGAUCCGUUCUCAUCCCCUGCUUGGCUUCUCUGCAUGUGGUCAUCUACUGUGGCCUGGUGUGUAAUGGGUUAAAAAUAAGCCACUGCCUGACAUCCCAACAUUUGACACCCCAGCUAUGUGUGAUUCCCCCAACAUUCCACUGUACCAUCUGCAGCUGAAAUGGGAACACUGGCUGCCUUUCUGGCCCCAAAUUCUUAGAGAAGAUCUGGGAGGUGAAGGCCAUGCCAGAGGACUUGGGGGAAAGGAGAGGGAGGAAGGAAAGGGAGAGGAAGCUGAGCUAAAAAAGCUUAACUUCUACCGAGUGAGAUGAAAACAGGCUGAAAAUACCAUCUCAGGAGAGGACCUCACCCCAAGCAAGCCAAUGAGCAGCCCUGCCAGACUACUGCUGGACUGAGAAAUCCAGACACGCGUCAGGACUUGGCUUCUCUGCCAAAUGACUGUGGAAACCAAAAUGAGCCCGUCUGUGUUCUUCCCAGCUUCCACCCUCCCCGUGCUGCUGUGCGCUGCUCCUCCCCACACUUCCCUGCUCUAGUUCCCAGCUGCUGUAAUGGAGCCGCCUUCAACUCUAACAAUAA